CCUCCCCCCCAUUCAACCACUGGCUCUAAUGUAGCCCAGCUUCACUGUUUACUACAGAAUUAGUGCAUAGCGGACGGCAGUCUCUCCCUCAUCUGUGAACUCCGAAUUGUGAAAGAUAGCCUGUUAGUUUCGCGUAAAAGGAGAAAAUUUAUCCAAAAGUCAACAUGCCCAAGAGAAAGGGAACCGAUGGAGAGGUCAAGGAGGAGCCUCAAAGAAGGUCUGCCAGGUUAUCUGCAAAACCAGCUCCUCCUAAACCUGAACCCAAACCCAAGAAAACACCCAAGAAAGAGAAAGAAGUGAACGACAAAAAGGAGGACAAGAAGACAAAGGCAAAGGCUGAGGAGAACAAGGAGGAGAACCAGUCAGAAAACGGAGAGACCAAGACUAAUGAGGUUGAGAAGACUCCAGAGGAGGAGCCUGAGGGGGAGAAGGAGGAGACUAAGGCUGAGUAGCGCUCCACCCAUCCAUCAUUGUUUUUUUUUGUGUCUCUCUCUCUCUCUCUCUC